AGUUGAAGAUGAAUUGUAGCUUCUGAGGAACCAGGCGGUUGUUUUGCUCCUUCCUUGUCUGUUAGGGCACGACGAUGUCGUCGUCCGCGCUCGUAGCUAAUCCCACCCUGGAAGAUUCAGCGCUCUCCCCAGUCAGUUUCGAAGGCAGCCGACGCCCGCAUUGCUCGCCGGAGGCAAUCCUGAUCUACCUCACCGUCCCGGGGUCGCCGGUGAUCCCUAUGAAGGUGUUGGAGUCGGAUUCGAUCGCCUCCGUGAAGCUUCGAAUCCAGAGCUUCAAGGGUUUUGUUGCCGGGAAACAGACUCUGAUGUCUAAUGGCAGGGAGUUGGCACGGAAUGAUAGCCUGGUGAGGGACUACGGCUUGAGCGAUGGGAAUGUCCUGCAACUUGAAACUAGACUCUCCGAUCUCCGAUCUAUCACUAUAAAGACCACCUGCGGCAAGAAGUAUGAGUUCCAAGUGGAAUCGCGCCGCAACAUUGGGUAUGUUAAACGGCAGGUUGCCGAGGGUGGUUGGGCCUUGGGCAAUCUCGAGGAUCAUAAGCUGGUGUGUGAUGGUGAGGAGAUCGGUGACGAUCAGAUUAUCGAUGACAUCUGCAAGAACAAUGACGCUGUGUUCCAUUUGGUGAUCCCCCAAUCAGCAAAGGUUAGAUCCAAACCUGUUGAGAAGGACAACGAGCUGGUCGUGGUUGCAUCUGAUUGGAAGAAAAAGAAGGGGAUCGAUGAUCUUCAAAUGGUUGCUGGGAAGCCACGGCAUAGAUAUUGUUGGAUUCAGCAGAACAUUAUCGAUCCGAAAGUUGAACACUCUCCGGCGAUCAUGGAACUGGUCCGAUCGACCUCUGCAGGGCUGGAGAAGGGGAACCCACCGAUUCUGUCUACGGAAGGCUGUGGGGGAGUUUACUUCAUGCAGGAUGCCCUGGGUCACAGGUGCAUUGGUGUGUUCAAGCCAAUCGACGAGGAACCCAUGGCUGAGAACAAUCCUCGAGGGCUUCAGUUGUCGACAAAUGGUGAGGGAAUGAAGAGGGGGACGCGUGUUGGAGAGGGAGCAAUGAGAGAGGUCGCAGCAUAUGUACUGGACCACCCUUUGGGCGGACGACGCAUAUCCGAGGAAGCUGGGUUUGCUGGUGUUCCACCGACGGUCAUGGUGGGGUGCUUGAACCGUGGUUUCCAUCGUUCCGCGGAGGAUAACGGUGCGGGAAAGACGGUUAAGGUUGGAUCCUUACAGAUGUUUGUGGAGAACUGUGGAAGCUGCGAGGAUAUGGGACCUCAAGCAUUCCCGGUUGGGGAGGUACAGAAGAUAGCCGUGUUGGAUAUACGGUUGGCGAAUGCUGAUCGCCAUGCUGGGAAUAUAUUGGUCUGCAAGGAUAACAAAGGCCGGAUAAUGCUGGCUCCCAUUGAUCAUGCAUACUGCUUACCUGACAGGUUUGAAGAUUGUACCUUUGAUUGGCUCUAUUGGCGCCAAGCUCGGCAGCAUUUCAGUGGUGAAACCAUUGCUUACAUCAAAUCACUAGAUGCUGAAGAAGAUAUUGCACUUCUCAGAAGCUAUGGGUGGGAACUGUCACCUGAAAGCUCUCGCACUCUUCGUAUCUCAACCAUGCUUUUGAAGAAGGGCGUACAAAGAGGGCUGACUCCCUACGACAUCGGAAGCAUCAUGUGCAGGGUAACCACCGAGAGGGAAUCAAAAAUUGAGGAGAUCAUCCGUGAGGCGGGGAAUGCUAUCCUGCCACGCUCUCGUGAAACUGCAUUUCUGGAGUGUGUCUCUGAGAUCAUGGAUCGUCACCUCGACAAACUUUUAUCAUAGGAUAACUGAUUACUGUUCCAUAUCUAUUGUAAUCAGAUGUAAGACUAUUAACAGCCUAUUUAGACUAUCAUAGGAU